GCAGCACAGGGAACCACAGCCCAAGAUAUGUUGAUUGCUAUAAUAACAUUGGUUUUGGGUGUCUUACUGGGUGCCUUUUUUCUCAUUCCACGAGCGCACAAGGCUGGUAAUACAGAAGUUGUUAAGCCGAAUCAGAACAAUAAGGCAUCUAAAGUCUACACAAGAAGCGAAGUCUCCUUGCAUAGUAAGAAGAAUGAUUGUUGGAUCAUCAUCAAAGAUAAGGUGUAUGAUGUCACUUCUUAUGUGGAAGAACAUCCAGGUGGAGAUGCAAUACUAGCACAUGCAGGGGAUGAUUCAACAGAAGGGUUUUAUGGGCCACAGCAUGCAACUCGUGUCUUUGACAUGAUUGAUGAUUUCUACAUUGGGGAUUUGGAGCAUUGAUUAAUACCAACCAUUCCUUUUAUUUCCUGCUUCCAGUGUAACAUUGGUUUUGGUUCUAGCAAUUAUUUUGGAAAACUCGAAACUCACACUAGGGUCUCUAGAUUUGGUCAAAUUUCAUAUGGAUAAUCAUUCAUGAAUUUAGAGCUA